AUGUCAAAGAAUGAUUUUUCUUUGACAUGGAAUGCAGAUGGAAUACCUGUGUUCAAAUCAUCUCAGUAUUCCAUAUGGCCAGUGCAAUGCAUGAUAAAUGAGCUACCAAUACAUCUUCGAUCAAGCAAUAUUUUGCUCACAGGAUUAUGGUUUGGUCGAACUAAGCUGAAAAUGAACACGUUUUUAAUGUCGUUUGUCAAUGAAUGUAGAAAGUUGGAGCAAGGAGGUUUUCUCUUCCAGGGAGAAUCUGAUCGGCGUAAAGUAUAUGCCCUAGUAUGCUCUAGCGAUGCUCCUGCCCGAGCAAUGUUGAGGAACUGCAAGCAGUUCAAUGGAAAGUGUGGCUGUGAUUGGUGCGAACAUGAGGGUGUUACAGUUGCACCAACAAGAUAUUAUCCAGAGCGUGGAGAUCAGAGCCCAAGGACAGCGCAAGGACAAGCUGAAUAUGGAGCAAAGGCUGAACUUUUACAAGAGGCUGUGAAAGGGGUGAAAGGGAUUUCUGUUAUAGAUAUUCUUCCCACCUUUGAUACGGUACAUGGCUUCACACCUGAAUACAUGCAUUCGGUGUGUCAAGGUGUCAUUCGCCAAGUUUGUAACAUUUGGCUUGAUUCGGCAAACCAUGAAGAGGACUUCUACUUGGGCAGAAAAGUGGAAGCGUUGGAUGAGCGGUUAAUAGCAAUAAGCCCUCCUUCAGAGAUCACAAGAGCUCCACGGUCUAUCAAGGAGAGAAAAUUUUGGAAGGCAUCAGAAUGGAGAGCAUUCAUGCUCUAUAGUUUGGUGGUGCUACAUGGAUUACUACCUCGUGCAUAUUUGAAACAUUUCUUUUUACUUGUACAUGGCGUGUACACUCUCCUCCGUGACAACAUCACAAAUGACAUGCUCCUACAUGCACAGGCUUGUCUAGUGAAGUUCGCCAAGGAUAUGGAGAGAUUGUAUGGUCUGCGUUCCUGUACAUUUAACGUUCACCAAAUGACACAUUUGGCAGAUGGAGUGAAGAGCUGUGGGCCGUUGUGGGCAACUUCAGCAUAUAUAUUUGAGGCGAACAAUCAUAUGUUGCUGAAGAUGUUCAGCGGCACCCAGUAUGUGCCACAGCAGAUAUGCAAUACUUUUAUUUUAGGUCAGAAAUUACCGGUAAUUGGAAGACAGUGCAUCAAAGAAGAUACAUCGCCAAGUGUAAAACACGUGUUCCAGAAGUUAUCAAAGGGCAACUACCCAACGAAAAGUCGUCGCAUUUUGGAAAGGAACGUGUCGGGACUAGGGGUUGGGAAACCUGUAUUUCUUACAGCUUCCCAAGCUGUUUCGUUGGCCAAGUUCAUUGACAGAGACGUUCUAAACCGUUCUGCUACCGUCUACAACAGAUUCAUUGUGAACAAUGUUCUGUACACAGCUGAGAGCUACACCAGAUCAAUCCGACACCACAACAGCCUUGUUCGAUUUGACCAUGCAGCGUCCAAGUAUGGUCGAAUUAUUGGCCUGUACACUGCAAAACCAGAUUGCUGCUGCAGUGAAGCUGAGAUACAGGCGUGUCAGUGCACUGUUUACACUGUGGUAAUCUUGAAGAUACUCCAAUGUGAGACGGGGUCACUUUUUUCAAGUGCUGAAUGUGGAGUAACUUCACAUUUUCUGAAAGAAUACACUGACAGCUACACAACUGUAGCUAUCCACCCAGAACAGCUUGAUGUCAAAUGCAUUGACUUAAAACUCUCCAACCGUCAAUUUCUGUGUGAAAUUCCUUGUAGGUUUUAUGGGGAUUAAUAGACCUUACCGAUUAUUUCCGUUUACCCAAUGGUCUCGUUUUCAUGUUUGCUUCUUUUCUGUACUUUGGCAAGCACACGUAAAGGUUAUGUUCCCACUUUUUCUGCACGAAUUUGUUUGUUGUUGAGCUUAAACUCAAUCAUAACCUUAUUCUUUUAACCUUAUUGAGCACGAAAUGCAAGUAAAUACCCAACGCGAAAACGAGGCCAUGGAGUGAAAAGUAAAUAACCUGUAAAGUCUAUUGGUACGGUAUAUUAAGUAAGUACUGUAAGUAAUGGGUGCUCUUAUUAUCCAAAGAGGUGACUAAUUCUUUUCACAUAAGUCGCCUCCGAAUAGAAUCGAACUCACGAUAGCGGAGGUGAAAGUGUUCUCUCACGAUUGUGCCAUAUACCGAAGCCCCAAGUAAAAUAUGGUAAAAUAUCUAUGUAUUAAUUGUAUUUAUUGACUUAGGAGCGAACAUUUGAACUCCUGAACGAACUUCAAAACAUACGGCGGAAAAUUUUUAUGAAAUCAAUUGCAAGGCGCCCUUUUCAAAAGUAUAAAUUAUGUUAUUUUCUGCCAUUGACGUCAAUUUCAGCCUUCGAUUCAACGUGGGAACGAGGUUGCCUUCGAUUUCAUUUUCAGCUUUUAAAAUUUAUUGAAAAACAAC